AUGCACCCAGAUUUCGGCCCUGGGCAUCUGCCUACCAGUGCUUCCCAAGGUGUCGAAAGCACAUACGUCCUCGCUCUCUGGGGCAUGUUGACCGACGACAGACGUGCCCUCCUCGAACACACCCUCCGCGGCCUCCCUCUCACGCACUUCUCGCGUCUAGAAAAGGUGCUCCAAGACCUCGACACUUGUUUCAGCAAGUGUAGUCUUUGGAAUCGAAUGGGAAGACACUGGGUCCUUCGCGACCUUUCGACUUGCUCACGCGAACGUUUGAAGGCCUACUUGAUGAUCCUUUCCACCCCAGGGUGUAAUUACGCGAACCCAAAAGCAGAGGAUAGGUACCUCUUACGCGCCAUUGGGGACGAAGACGUGGAUGACACAGAUUGGAAGCCCAACUAUGCUCAUCUCCAAGACGUUGCAGCCGAAGAGGCUCGUGAAAAGCUUGCUCGCGCCCGUGAACAGGCAGAAUGGAUAAACUUGCAACAUGCCGUGCAAAGCCUACCCCUGGACCUCAACCUUCUUAUCCGAGACACCAUGCUCGAAGAGAUCUUUGGACCAGGGAAAGAGAUCGUAUUUCCAUACGAAGGACCAACAUAUGUGCAGCACUUCCGGGCCCUCGAUCGACAGUUAUAUCAUAAAUACAGCUGCAUCUACUACUGCCAGAAUACGUGGGUGUUCGGAGAAGGGUAUGUAAGCUGGCUGAUCGAACAUGGCAAAUUGGCCAUACCGAGAGUCCUCUCAAAGAUCAGGAACGUUACCAUGAAGUGGACGUGGAGGGACGUAGUGAAUAAUGGUCCCGCUCGACCGGAUAUUCAGAAACAUAUUGAUUGGGAGAUGAAGAUGGCGGGCGCAGAAGGGUUCGACAACAUUAAAGUUAUGCAACGGUUCCGAUGGACUUGCACGAAGGUUACGACCGAGCUCCAGCACAUCUGGUUGGAGAAGUUGCGCGAAAUAGGCUCCAUGCAACUGGAUCACCUUGUCAUCGAUGCAAGAGAGGCUUUUGCUCCUGAUGGCGAGUUCUUGGGAUUGAAGGCCGCGCGACGCUGGACGAAGUCUAUGCAUCUACCGUACUAUCUGGAGAUCUGGGCGCCUGUUCAUAAUGAGGAUCUGGCUGAGCAGAUCUUUCAGAUCAUCACAAGGCGGUCUUCGUAA